AUGACAUCUAACGUUCCGGCCGAACCGCGGCCUCCAUCGUUACGGCAUCCUCCCGACUCACUCCGGCCUUCACUUAAUCGGUCCAUGAGCAAUGUCCUGUCCCCGAUCGAUAGGAAACCGCCCCCCCUACAGACGCACGUAGGAGAAUCUGGAGAAGACAGACCAGCAAAGAGGCGGAAGGUCGAGGGUGAUACAUCUGCAAACCAGGCCUCCGGGAGUAAUACUGGCCCCAGAACUUCAACCACACCGAACGCGCCACAGGUCAAUAAAACUCCUCACUUACGUUUGGUCAAGCCAUCAGCACUAUUUCGACGACUUCCCAAACCGCCGGACAAGAACGAGGAGGGAAAAUGGAGCCAAGACGAGGCGCCGGACCUUCCAGCUCGUCCGUGGCGUCUCCUACAACAUUCAAAAUCCACAGACGAUUCGAAGCCCACACACAGAUCCCGUGUCAAUCUCCCUGUCCCCAAUACUCCGGAUUCAUUGGAAGUUCCCACAUCAGCGCCCCAGUUCGUCUCAAAGAAGCCCGCAGGUUUCUUUCCCUGGACUGGGAAACACCCCGAGGAUAUCCUGAGCGACAUCAAUGUGAAGCAGGGCUAUUUUGAUAAACCUCCAAAUCCAACGGAGAAAGAGUUGAACACAGCGCGAGUACCGCUCUACAAUGCUCUCAAGCACAAGUCUGGAGUGGACAAUUUGUCGAUCCUGUUUUCCCUCGUUCUAGACCAAAAGAACCGGCAUGGACUCAUCAGUUCGGUAUCGACCUUCAAGCCCCCUCCUCGAGUCACUUUAACCGAAGCAAAACGAAAGUCCUGGAUUUCCGAUUUAGCCAAUGCGGAUGUCCCGUUAAGGAGGCUAAGUCGGACCAUUCCACAGGGUAUCCGGGGCCAAAUUCUCUUGGACCAAUGCUUGCAAAGUUCCGUACCCUUGAGCCGUGCGAUUUGGUUCGCAAAGUGUGUCUGUGCCAACGAAAUUCGAACAUUGAAAAGGAAAGGCACCACUCCGGCCGUAGCGGUCGGGACCGAGAGCAAAUGGCUCCGCGAAUGGACCGACAAUGUGGAGCAGUUUGUGGAAACCUAUCUAGGACAAAGCAACAACCCGGAAUGGAGAUCCAACAUCCAGUAUGCACUUCGUCUUACCACACGACUCUACCUCGAGAACCUCCUGGAUCGGGAUCACUACUUGGACUGGAUUGUACGAUCCCUGACCUCGGCCGACCCGGAUCAAACGCCUUUCUGGCUCAUGGUCAUUCACAUCUACAAACAGGACUUGAGUCACUAUCGCAGGAGAGGCAGAAAACUGGCCGAAGCAUUGAUCGGCAAGUAUCAGUUACUCGCCAAAUCAACCGACCAAAUGAUGGCUCCUCUCAGGCUGAGACUGCAUCAGGCAAUUCGGAGCCUCCUCCUCUACCGCCCCGUAACCUUUCUCAUGCCAGACAGGUGGCCCGACAUCGUCCCGGUAGUACAAUCGUGUCUCGACACCUCAAGCCCACAAGAACACCAGAUUCUCGACCGUCUCAAUCACAUCAAUGGAAGGACGAUGGGCUUCAAUAAGCAAGAGUUCUCGGCGAAACGUGCACCGGAUCAGGCUAUCGUUGAUAUUCUAGAUGCUGCCCGGGUUCCCUUCAAUCUGGAAGUUCUUACCGACAGCCUUGCUUCGGCGUACCCCGACAUCCCUCGCCUCAUCUUUUCAUGUCUCGAGUGGGCUUGUACACGAUUCCGACAAUCUCGGACGCGGAUCUAUCUCUUUACUCGCUUAAUUAAACGCUGGCAACGGUAUGGUCACGACGUCGACACGGUUAUACUCAACUAUCUUUCCGCCUGUAGGGAGAAGAGGACGACUGUGGAUAUUGAUUGUUUGAAACACCUGGCGGCCCACCUGUCGAGAUCGAAUUGCUUUCCUUUAAGUAAAUACCUCCAGUGGCUUAUGGUUCGCGGUCUGCCGAAGAGGGGAAGCGUCGGGAUUGACUUGGAUUCGUUGACUGGGACUGGCAGAGUGAAUCAACAUCAGGGAAACUCUGAUCCCAGUCAGCUCUUGCUGGACCUGUCUCUACAGAAUGUCGAGGAUCACGUUCUAAACCUGCGCAAUUCGCUUCUUCGACGCUCUGGAUUGGACCCACAGGUGGAAGAAAGCCUCUUCCGACGAUGUGUCCAGUACCUUGAGGAAAAGUUAGCAAAGUCGCGUUCGAGCUCCAGAUCUCAGGAGCAAACCAGCCCCGAACCACACUUUGUGUCACUGCCCUGGACGGUCAGAUCGAAGAUAUCCAUGUGGUUGCGAUCAAGAGUCGCCGAAGCCGCGGCCCUGAGUAUGUCUGGCACCCUCACUACGCCAGCGCCUCUUGGUUCCAAUCUGUUCAGCGUUGAACAAUUUUCCUUUAUCCGCCACAUUCUUGAGUGCCUGGAGGAUGAAGCUGUCCUCGCCGACGUGGUUGGAAUCUUAUGCGGUGCACAAGAUGACGACCUUGCUGCCGCUCUAGUGUCAACGAUUCAUUUUCACGCAGACACGUUUUCAGCCAUGGGCGCACUGGACGUUCUCCAGAAGCGAGUUUGCCAAACUUAUCUAAGCUGGCGGUCUACCAAGCCAACCAUGCCGCUCCUCACAACCACCCUUCUUGACCUGUGCACGUCAUUCCCCGUCAAAGCACCAACAAUCAAAUUGUUGCAGCAAGAUCUAGUCCGAGGCGAUCGCGGACGCGCUGUCGCAGCCUGUUCCCCAUACAGCGAUGGAAUUGCCGAGUCCCUUCAACAAGCGGGAGCGACCUUUGUGGAAGAUUUUGAGGCAAUUCUUCAAUCGGAGCCCAACAUGAAUGAGCAAACCAUGAACGGCCUCUUCACGGUCUUGGCGGAGCGCAUUGAGAAGCAGCAACACUUUGGAGAUGAUUCUCAAACCAUCCUGUCAUUCUGCCAGCUGCUGAGUCGGCUUCGACUCUGCCGAAAAACCCAAGCCGACCUCCUGAUCCAACAAUGGGUAUCACGGUUGAGUCCAUUUCUGGAUGGCGAUUUCGGCGCCUCUCUUUUCCAAGCCCUCAUCGGGACGGGGUGCAUGACGUGUGCAGGUUUAUUUGAAGCAGUCAGGACAUCUAAGUCUGGGCUCCGACAAUGCAAGGCAAUUACCUCUAUGUUACGGCACAUACUUGCUCUAGACCGUGAAUCAAAGACUGACCCGGUCUUAUAUCAGGUGCGGACUAAAUGGCUCGAACAUUCACGGCGAGAACCUCGGAUCGCUUUAGAAGUUCUCUGUGAGGCUGGCCUGGCAACACAGUUGGAGCCAUUCGGAAGGCGUCUACUUUCUUUCCUGGUCAAUGAUAGCACUCUUUCCUCUUCCUCCAUGUCUGAUCGUGCCGAAGAGUGGUCGAUGAAAGCACUCGAUCGUUUACUCCACUGCGAGGGAGGCAUCCGUGGUGACAAUCUCCGACCACUGCUCGGCUCAAUCAACAUCUUCUCGCACCGCUAUGUUCAGUUGAGAUUUUGGCUCGCUUCGCGGUUGGGAGUGGAAAAGGCGUCCGCUGAGGAUCAGGAUCAACUGGUCGAAGUUCUUGGGGAGACGCUGGAGCAAAUGAUACAUGAGACGGGCCGGGGUCACAGAGGAGAUGGGCGUUUCUCCCAAUUGCUACAAGCCGUUGGGUAUGAAGUGGCCAACCGACUGCGACAUAAGGUGGAGAAUGAAUUCUUGGAAGCUUUACCGAAAUUUCCCCCGAGCAAGGUGACGAGCCCAUUGACCGCAGUGUUUCCCAGCGAUGUUCACCAGCUGUCGUCCAUUGUCGAGCGAGCUUUUUGGGUAUGUUCGAGCUCGACCACGCCGCUUCCCGGGUUGCUGUCCCAUUUGAUCGAUAAAUUAUCUCAGCAUGUCAAGUCUCUCGGAAAUCCCCCGCCCGCAGCAACUUCCACGCCUACUUGUACAGCAAUCCCUGGACUUUCCACGCCUGCAACGAAUAUGUUUCCAGCACAGAUGAUGUCUGUGACAUCGAGCCCCAUCGUCAAUACAUCGGAAAACGUGUCGGGCCCUUUCCAUGGGGUGAUGCUAGACUAUCUCCAAUACAUGCUACAAAUGGUGUGUUUGCAACGUCCGGGAUUGAUUUCUGUCGGAGGCGACGGGCCCAGCCUGAAAAAGGUGCAAUCGGAACAAGUUCAGCUCCUAGUGCGACUGGCCAUGAUUGCCACCCACCCCGCGAUAGCUUCGGCGAGCAACAGUUCAACAAGCAAAGAAGAGCAACAAAAGGCAAAACGAGCAAUUGAUUUUACAUUGGAUGUGAUUGCCACCAUUGUGGACGAAGUCAGUGAGGAAGUCCGGAUGAUGAGUGCAAAGAUGCUGAAAGACAAGAUGCAAGACGUUCGGCUCAAAUACUUGUUCGGCAGUGUCAACAUGAUGGGAUCGGUGCAGGUACACGACAUGGGAGAAGGUCUGCAAAUGGUCAAAGAAGGAAAAGGGGUGGUGGGGGAUUGGAAGCCCCGAGUAUGGGAAGUUUUGGACAAUGGCAGUGGCAAAGAAAACGAGACAUCUCUCGGAUUGGGUCUUUUUGGGGCCCGACGUGGAUAA